GGCGCGCGCACAGGGAUGCGGGGCGCCGAGGCGAGUACCGGCGCCGCUGCCGCCGCCCCGCCGCCCAGCCCGCCAGGGGGAGCGAGUGCGCUCGGCGGCCGGCUGCGGGGACUGCGGGGCCUACGGGGGCGGCGGCCGGCGACUGCGCCCCGCCGCGGCGCACCCGCGUCCCCACCCCCUCGACACCCGCCCGCCCCCGGCGCGGCCCUACCCGCCCCCUCCGCCCCCUCCCGCGGCGCCAUGCGCAGACUCAGUUCCUGGAGAAAGAUGGCGACGGCCGAGAAGCAGAAGCACGACGGGCGGGUGAAGAUCGGCCACUACAUUCUGGGGGACACUCUGGGCGUAGGCACCUUCGGGAAAGUGAAGGUGGGCAAACAUGAAUUGACUGGCCAUAAAGUUGCUGUGAAGAUACUCAACCGGCAGAAGAUCCGAAGCCUUGACGUGGUUGGGAAGAUCCGAAGGGAGAUCCAGAACUUGAAGCUUUUCCGGCACCCUCACAUAAUUAAACUGUACCAGGUCAUCAGUACACCAUCUGAUAUUUUCAUGGUGAUGGAAUAUGUCUCAGGAGGAGAGCUAUUUGAUUAUAUCUGUAAAAAUGGAAGGUUGGAUGAAAAGGAAAGUCGACGAUUGUUCCAGCAGAUCCUUUCUGGUGUGGAUUAUUGUCACAGGCACAUGGUGGUCCACAGGGACCUGAAACCCGAAAACGUUCUGCUUGAUGCACACAUGAAUGCAAAGAUAGCUGAUUUCGGUCUUUCAAACAUGAUGUCAGAUGGUGAAUUUUUAAGAACAAGCUGUGGCUCACCCAAUUAUGCUGCACCAGAAGUAAUUUCAGGAAGAUUGUAUGCAGGCCCCGAGGUGGAUAUCUGGAGCAGUGGGGUUAUUCUCUAUGCCUUGCUAUGUGGGACUCUCCCCUUUGAUGAUGACCAUGUGCCAACUCUUUUUAAGAAGAUAUGUGAUGGGAUUUUCUAUACCCCUCAGUAUUUAAAUCCCUCUGUAAUCAGCCUUUUGAAGCAUAUGCUGCAGGUAGAUCCCAUGAAGAGGGCCGCAAUAAAAGAUAUCAGGGAACAUGAAUGGUUUAAACAGGACCUUCCAAAAUAUCUCUUUCCUGAGGAUCCAUCAUACAGUUCAACUAUGAUUGAUGAUGAAGCCUUAAAAGAAGUGUGUGAGAAGUUUGAAUGCUCGGAGGAGGAGGUUCUCAGCUGCCUGUACAAUAGAAACCACCAGGACCCAUUGGCAGUUGCCUACCAUCUCAUAAUUGACAAUAGGAGGAUAAUGAACGAAGCCAAAGAUUUCUACUUGGCAACAAGCCCACCUGAUUCUUUCCUUGACGACCACCAUUUAACUCGGCCACAUCCUGAAAGAGUACCAUUCUUGGUUGCUGAAACACCAAGGGCACGGCAUACCCUUGAUGAAUUAAACCCACAGAAAUCCAAACACCAAGGUGUACGGAAAGCAAAGUGGCAUUUGGGAAUUAGAAGUCAAAGUCGACCAAAUGAUAUCAUGGCAGAAGUUUGUAGAGCAAUCAAGCAAUUAGAUUAUGAAUGGAAGGUUGUAAACCCCUAUUAUUUGCGUGUACGAAGGAAGAAUCCUGUGACAAGCACAUUUUCCAAAAUGAGUCUACAGCUAUACCAAGUGGAUAGUCGGACUUACUUAUUGGAUUUCCGUAGUAUUGAUGAUGAAAUUACAGAAGCCAAAUCAGGGACGGCUACACCACAGAGAUCGGGAUCCAUCAGCAACUAUCGAUCUUGCCAAAGGAGUGACUCUGAUGCUGAGGCUCAAGGAAAACCCUCGGAAGUUUCUCUUACCUCAUCUGUGACCUCACUCGACUCUUCUCCGGUUGACUUAGCUCCAAGACCAGGAAGUCACACAAUAGAAUUUUUUGAAAUGUGUGCAAAUCUAAUUAAAAUUCUUGCACAGUAAACCUAAAACUUUGCUUAUUUCUUUGAUGCAAUAAGCAUGCAUAAUAAAUUAUAGCCAAACACUUCCACUUAUCAAGUUUUACAUAUAUAUGCACAUAUAUGUAUGUAUAUAUGUUAUAUACAUACAUAUAUAAAAUUUAUAACUAAGGAUUGGCCUUUUGGAAUGCAGUUUGCACAGGAAUUGGAAAACGAUAAAAGCCUAAUGUGUGGAAAUGAAUUGGGCUAUUCUGUUGUCCCUUAUUCAGUAGAUACAUAUAGCAUUACAUAUACAGAAUGGAUUGUAGGUCUCAGGCUCAUUUGAUUUUUGGCCAUUUUAAUUUGAUGUAACAGGGCUUUGUAGGCCAUACAUUACCAUAAAAGCCUUCAGAUAUGUUGAUGUGUUUUAUAUUUGCUUCAUGAAUUAAUUAUUUGCCUAGAAUUCCCUACAGACCUUCUUAAGUAAUGCUGUUUCCUGGGCUCCUUAGCUUCUUAAAUAGCUACUAUUUCCAGUUCUGGUAACAUUGUGAAUGAUUUCCACAUCAUUAAAAUGCUAUUUUGUGUGGUAAGUCAUACCAGAUACAGAGUCAAUUUAAAUUUUUUCUUUAGCUUGUAAGCCCCCAAAUCCCCAGAAUUUAUAUAUUCAGAAACUCUGAGCCCUAAGUUUACUUCUACAGUUUCCCCUUUGUUUUGUAUAUGAAGUGCUGCUUUGGAUCCAAAAGUAGAGUUGCUCAUACUGUACUGAAUCAUGUUUUUUGUCACUGUCACAGAUUCUUCUGGCUAUUAUGCCAGCCAGUGUUGAAUGUCAUUUGAUUGUGUAUUUUUAACAUUGAUUCAGUGCAUAGAGAUGAUAUCUUUCAUAAGCUUUGAAUGCUUGGAUUGGAUUUUUAACCCCUGAUUUUAUUUAUUCUGGACAUUUUUUAAAAAAGAAAAAUUGAAAGAAUAUAGUGAUUGCAUGCAUGUAUGUCUACUACUUAGUUCCAACAACUACUAUGUGGCUGCGUUUGCUCUCUAGAUCCACAAAUGUACAAAAACUUAGAUAUGCAUAUAUAUUUGAAUGUAUGUAUGCUUUUGUUCUGAACCACUGAGAUGUUAAGAAACACAUAUCCAACUCUAAAUACUUAAGGCAUCUCCUAAAAAUAAUGAUAUUGUCCUUUAAGAAACUCUUUUUGCACUAUAAAAUCAGUAAUUUCCAGAGAAUGCAUGGCUUUCCAUAUUUAUCUUUUAACUGUCCAGAAUCCCAUUUACAUUUACAGUCUCAUUUCAGUUGUAUCUCUUUAAUCAGGUUAAUAAUGAUAUUUUGAAAAGGUCAUUUAUUUCAGGUGGUUAAAGAAGUAGCAUCUUUCUUAGAUCUCUGAUUUCUAUGGCCCUCCCCUUUUAGUGACAGAAGAGCAUUAGAGUUGUAAAUGAAGUUCUAAAGUCAUGGAAGACAAAGCUUGGUAUUGUAUGAGCUAAUAAUUAAUUUCUUAUUCUCCAUACUUGGCUUCUAUAGGAAAUUGGGUUCAAGGCUCUAGCUCAGUGGUGGUGCUUGUCUAGGAUGCACCUAGCUUGUGGGUUUGAUCCCAGCAAUGCAAAAUUAUGUUUUCUUUAAACCUUAACCAUUUUCCCUUUGCAGAAGAGACACUUUUUUUUCACUGUAUUUUAUUUUAAAAAAUUCACUCCCCCCCCCCAAUCUGUUGAGCACUUAUGUAAUCAGAAGGGAAUGAAUUUGGAGGUCAUGCUAGCUUGCCUAAAAGAUUACUCUAUAGUUUAUGCACUGAAUUCCAAACAAAAAUUAUGAUUCUUUUGUUCAGGGCUUGUUCUAUUCAACUCCAAUUUGGAUGCUGUAUAAAGUAAUGGAUCCUCCAUUUAAAUGAGUUCUGAACUGUAUUUAUACUCUGUGUGUGUGUGUGUCCGUGUGUGUGUCCAUGUGUGUCCUCUAUUUGGGGUUUACUGAGGUUACUUAUGCUGUCCAAAUGCAGCAUUGUGUUCCCGAUGUGAAGAAUGGAAGAGUGCAUUUUUAAAGUUCAGAUUUGUAAAUAGAACUAAGUAAUAUCUCUAUAAACUGAUGGGGGGAAGGGGCACAAAAGGAGGAACCAAUUAAAUAGGACCUUCUAAAAAUUGUUAAUUUUGUAAACUUUGCUUCUUUUAUAAGUUAUUCUGUGAUUCCUUUUAGUUACCAAGUUUUAUUUUGAAGAUAUUUAAAUAUUGUACUUGUAUAAAUAGUAUGAUAAAUGCAGAUUAUUGCAGUCAAUUUUUUAAAGCUAGGAUAUCUGAAAUGACAACUUUCAGUUAAGUAUGUCAAGCUUGCAACAGAAUUUGCACAAAUUCUGAAUGUAGUUUGCAAAUUCUUAUAUUGAGGAUGUAAGGGGAGUCAGUGCGAAUGAUUUUUAAUCUUUUUUUAUUAUCUUUUCAGCAGUUUAUAUUUUUUGUGAUUUUAUGCAACCAUAUUUUUACUUUGUCUUGAUAACAGAAAGCUGUAUAAGUUUUUUUUUUUUUUGCCAGAAAAGUACUGUAUACAUAGUUUUAAAUAUAACAGAUUUUGCUGAUAUGUAAAAAUUUUGCCAUUAAAGUUGAUUUCUCAUGAAAGGAACUUUUCUACCAAGUUGGGACACGUGGGAGCUUAAUAUAUCUAAUUUAAAAAUAAUUUCACUGAAAUAAACACCAUUGCUUUUACUUUGAUAUUUUUUCUUAAGAUGCUUUUGUAGUGUUUUGGAGUUUUAGAUAAUUUUAUAUAAAUUCUUUCCCUUCCUUGCACCAUCCUUUGGAUCUUUGAUGCCAUUCACAAAUGUGCUAAUGUGGCUGGGUGUGUGUAAGAUCUAUCUGUGUUCCAAGUGGCAUCUUGGGAAUGAAAGACAAGCAUGUCUAAACCUUUCUUUCUUCUUAACCUCUACCUGCUCAUUGUGGGCCCUGACAAGAUGAAUGUGAUUCCAUACACAACCUGUGAAGUUGGUUGUAGGGAGGAGUCAAUCUUUGUGGGUUAUGUAUGAUUGCCAGAGUACUUUGAUUUAGAAAUCUGGCAUAAUAAAGAAAAAUAUUCAUUUUUCA